CUCUCCAGAGUCCAGAGUCUGAACCAUCACGGCAUUUCGGUUCAAGUACAUCACCAUAAUCCUUCACUUGAUCCUAUAAACUAAUCAAUUGGAGAAGAAGGAAAAGUCAGUGAAACAAUGAAGGCCAUAGUGAUAACAACACCAGGCGGUCCAGAAGUUCUUCAACUGCAAGAAGUAGAAGACCCUCACAUUAAUUACGAUGAGGUUUUAAUCAAAGUCCAAGCCACCGCGUUGAACCGGGCCGAUACUCUUCAGCGGAAGGGCGCCUACCCACCGCCCAAAGGUGCCAGCCCAUAUCCAGGUCUCGAAUGCGCCGGCACAGUAGAGGCCGUCGGUAAAAACGUCUCCAGAUGGAAAGUUGGAGACCAGGUUUGUGCUCUACUUACUGGAGGAGGGUAUGCUGAGAAAGUAGCAGUGCCAGCUGGACAAGUUCUUCCUGCGCCUUCUGGUGUUUCACUCAUAGAUGCUGCUGCUUUUCCUGAGGUGGCAUGCACUGUUUGGUCCACGAUUUUUAUGACCAGUCACCUAUCACCUGGGGAAGCACUUCUGGUUCAUGGGGGUUCUAGUGGAAUCGGUACAUUCGCAAUUCAGAUAGCUAAAUGCCAAGGAGUGAGAGUGUUUGUUACAGCAGGCAGCGAGGAGAAGUUAGCUUUUUGCAAGGGUCUUGGGGCUGAUGUGUGCAUCAAUUACAAGACAGAGGACUUUGUUGCACGAGUGAAGGAGGAAACUGGUGGGAAAGGUGUUGAUGUAAUUCUAGAUUGUAUGGGAGCACCGUACUUCCAACGUAACCUGGAUUGCUUGAAUAUUGAUGGGAGGCUUUUUAUUAUUGGCACCCAAGGUGGUGCAAAAACUGAACUAGAUAUCCGUUCUUUGUUUGCAAAACGCCUCACUGUGCAAGCGGCUGGCUUGCGAACCAGAACUCUGGAAAACAAAGCAGAAAUUGUCUCUGAGGUGGAGAAGAAUGUUUGGCCUGCAAUCAUGGCAGGCAAGGUGAAGCCUGUGAUCUACAAGUCUUUUCCAUUAUCUCAAGCAGCAGAGGCCCACCAGCUCAUGGAAAGCAGCAACCAUAUUGGAAAGAUAAUGCUUGUUCCUUGAAUAAAACCAAUCUUUUAGAUCAUUUUGCAAAUAUGCAGUUCAGUACAUUAUGUUCUUCCCUGGAUGUUUCUAAUACUUGAGUGAGACUUUCAAUUUGACACAUAAUGUUCGUCAAACUUGUGUUAUGUAUAAAUAAUGUCGAGACAUAUGUAGCUUUAAAGACAUUGUAAUCUUUGUGGAAUUGCUGUAGUUGCAUGAGGAAAUGAAAGUGGAGAGUUUUGAUUGAUUGAAA